GUUGUCAACACAACAUGGCAGCUGUACGGAGGUGACACUGCUUCUGUCUAUUAAGGACGCGCUCAAGAGGAAGCAACGAUCUGAACUUUUUAUCUUGACCCUCAGACUUUGACGAAGGACAUGUUUAUCAUAUUUUAAUGCAAGCUUUGUUACGUAAAAUAUUCGAAAAUGCUAAACCUUACAAAGGCUAGCAUAACCUUAAACGGGCUUGGUCGGGGUUUGUUAGCAGAAAAACGCUUUUCUGCAGCAAAACUUAUCAGUCGAGGACUAGUGUGCGCAGAACAUGUCGAUGAUAGUGGCAACAACGAGGUUUAUGAUGUUAUUAUAUCCGGGGGAGGGAUGGUUGGAUCUGCAAUGGCAUGCGCCCUAGGCAUGCAUCCCAACUUGUCAGAUAAGAAGAUCCUUCUCCUGGAAGCAGGAAACAAAAAAGUGAUGGAUCAGGUCCCUGACAGCUACAGCACCAGAGUCAGCUCUAUCAGUCCAGGCUCUGCUGCACUCCUUAGUGAUAUUGGUGCAUGGGAGCAUAUCACAAAAAUGAGGUGCAAGCCUUAUAAAAAGAUGCAGGUUUGGGAUGCUUGCUCCGAUGCCCUGAUCACAUUUGAUAAAGACAAUCUGGAGGAGGAGAUGGCCUACAUCGUGGAGAACGAUGUGGUCGUGGCGGCGCUCACCAAACAGCUGGACGCGCUGUCUGAUAAUGUGCGGGUCAAAUACAGGUCCAAAGUGGUGACGUACACAUGGCCAAUGCCGCAUCAAGCGGUACGCUCCAUGCCCUGGGUGCAAAUUAGGUUAUCCAGCGGGGAAACACUGCAGACCAAGCUGCUUAUAGGAGCAGACGGACCCAACUCGAUGGUGAGACGGCAAUUAGGGAUCCCCACAGUCAAGUGGAAUUACGACCAAUCGGCUGUGGUUGCUGUGCUGCAUCUAUCAGAGCCUACAGAGAACAAUGUGGCGUGGCAGAGAUUCCUCCCAACAGGCCCCAUUGCAAUGUUACCGCUGUCGGACACGGAGAGCUCUCUCGUGUGGUCAACCAGUCAUCAUCUCGCCGAAGAGCUCUUAGCAAUGGAUGACGAGUGCUUCGUCGACGCCAUCAACUCCGCUUUUUGGAGUAAUGAGAACCAGUCAGAGCUGGUGGAGAAAGCCGGGUCUCUCUUCCGAAGCGCCCUCUCUGCAGUCAUGCCAUCCACAGGUUCACCUCGCCAGCUACCCCCGAGCGUGGCCGGCAUCGGCCCCAAAUCCCGUGUCAUGUUCCCUCUCGGCAUGGGUCAUGCGUCGGAGUACAUUAGGCACCGUGUUGCACUCAUUGGGGACGCAGCCCAUCGUGUCCAUCCACUGGCCGGUCAGGGAGCCAACCUGGGUUUCGGGGAUGUGGCUUGCCUCACACAGCUACUAAGCCAGGCCGCCUUUAACGGGAAGGACCUGGGCUCAACGCAGCACCUGCUAGAAUAUGAAAGUGAGCGGCAACGGCACAACCUCCCCAUGAUGGCCGCCAUCGACCUCAUGAAACGCCUCUAUUCCACCAAUACCGCUCCCGUGGUUCUCCUGCGCACCUUCGGCCUGCAGGCCACCAACAUGCUCCCAACGCUAAAAGUAAGCCCAAUCGCGCCGCACGCCAACCUGUCCGAUCCAUGCUCCGCAUCGGCGCUCUUUUGCGAUGACACGUAACUUGACUUCACCAGUGCCUAUAAUUUCCAGGGCUCUGAACUUACUACUAUGCCAUCUAAGUUUAGCCUCAAAUUUAGUGUUACCAAAAGUGUGUGGGUGGGGUGCGCAACGCUGGCACUCGGGCAGUGGACAGCGGCGGUGGCUUGUGUUUUCACACCCCUUUUAUUACCCACGAUUCAAAGUGAAAUUGUCUUAUUCACAAGUUGGUGAUUCAGAAGCUAAAAUCCGUUACGCUGUCGUUAAGGUUACUAUAAAAGUAUUUGCCCUCUUCCUGAGUUCAAAUACCUCAUUUUAAAAAAAAAUGAUGCCUUCGUCAUCUGAAGCAGGAAUUACUCUAAAGCAGGGGUGAAACUUUGGAGUGGGGAACUGUAAAGUGGGUGUGGUUGGGCGAAGUGAGCGUCAAACAGAAAGGUAAGAUGACCACCACACACACACACUGGACGAACGUAUUGAGGGGCCUUCAAAAGUGCGGCGGGGCUUGCGAACAGUUGUCCACUAGCACCUCCAACCCCCCGUUGAUCAGUCCAUUCUGGAGGGUCCCGUUUAUGAUCAUCGCACCCAGGCCCUAUUCACAUUUGUUCCACCACUGCUUUCAAGUAUCCUUCAAA